AUGGCGAUCAGCACACUCGUUCAAGGCGGAAGUGGUGGCUCGUGGGCGGUUCAACUUGUAUGCACCAAGUCCCAUGGGCGGUCUUCCCAAGUUCGCCAGGACGUGGAUCGCAACUUCCCCUGGGGUCUAGUGUCGCUUUCACUCGCUGUCGAAACCGACCUUGACCCAACUUUCCUCGCAGCCUGCAUCAUGAUCGACGCCUCCGACGCAGCCUUACCUGAUGUUUCAUCUUCGUCUCCCGACGACACGGUCGCCUCCUUCGUCAGCGAGGAGGAACAUAUGGCUCACCUACUCGCUACGUACCCGGCUGCUAUCACUGACUUCUACGGAUCUGGCACGCCCUGCGUAUACAAAACCGGGCCUGCGUGGCCCGUUGCCCAAGGUCCUCAGUCUCAAAAGAUCAGGCGCGCCGCCCGUCCCAUCUACGAACACGGCAUUGCGCCGGUCUGGCUCGACACUGCGUGGCGCAUCGUCGCCGAGCUCGAGACGCUCCACGUGGACUGGAAUGCGGUUGAUCCUCUCGCCUACGCGAAUGCAGGUCAGGCGGACUUGAUCUGCGAUUUUGUUAUCACUAUCAGCGUGAAGCCACUCUCCCUUGCCUAUGAAGCUGCUGUGGCUGCUGCUCAAGUCGUCGAGGGGAUCCUUGAGACAGUCGGCUUCCCCGAGAUCCAAGUCGCAUUCGUAGAAUCCGUCUACCGCCGCCAGGGGCAGCUCAUGGGGUUCGAUCCGACGUACGAAUUGCAGGGUAUUCCCGGCCUUCGAGCCUCACCUUACUUCGAGGGUACCGGUGGCUUGUUCCUCCGCCUCAGCGCCGACCAGUCUGACAAGCGCACCGUACUCCUGACCUGCGCGCACGUCGCCCACCCGCCCCCACUCUUUCACAACAAGGAGUAUACGCGCAAGUCUGACAGCCAGUCGCGCGAGGACAUCAUCCUUCUCGGCAGCGGAUCAUUCGAUGACUCUGUCGAGGCCUUCAUGAAGUUUAUCGGCAACCAGGCGAAGGCUAUCGCCAGCUGGGAGACGUCCCUCGGUAGGAUCCCAAAGCCGGCAGAGAACGAGGCUAUUGGUGUCACGGCGAAGCGAAAGGAGCUGACUGACUUGAUCGCCGCGGCGAAGGACAAGAUCAGAGCAGCGAACGAACUCCACUCCCAUGUCACCAAGUUCUACACCACGAUGGUGUCUCGCAUUUGCGGAUUCGUUCUCCACUGUGCUAAGAUCGAGGUCGGCAGCGACGGGUUUAUGUACGACUGGGCCUUGGUCCAGAUUGACGACGAACAGGUGGAGAUAAAGGACUUUAAAGGCAACCAGAUCUUUGUUGGCGGCAACAAGACUGCUGUUGAUUGGGAAAACUACAUGUUCGCUCAAGACCACGACCGGCGUGACUUCCAUGUUCCCGAUGAAUUGCUUCUUCGAGUGGAGGACUACGUGCGUGAGUCCGAAUUCCGCGACCCGCAGAACUACGACCUCUACAACGUCAAGACGCUGCUGGCGGUCAAGAAUGGGUGUAGCACCGGCACCACCUUCGGCCGCGUGAACGGGCUCGAGUCAAUUACCCGCCAUUAUCCCGAGCGCGGCAUCGAGGCGAAGGCGGUCGAGAUAAUCGUCUGCGCAUAUGACACCAAGACGGGCGAGAACGACGAGUUCUCCCGCGAAGGGGACUCUGGCUCGAUGGUGGUCGGCAGGGACGGUCGUAUCAUUGGUCUGCUGACGGGCGGAGGAGGGCCAGCUACCAAGACAGUGAAGACCUACAUCACUCCCUUCUACGCUCUCAAGGGGGAGAUCGAGAAGAAGUACCCCGAGUUCUCCAUCCUCCCCGCUGAUGCCUGAGUUAUCGUCGGCAACCUCGACCUGCGCUUGAGCCGAUGCACGCCCCUCCGCUUGCUCGAGAGCCAUGGCUAUUUGCCGGAGCCCAUCCCAUUACCUCCGCCCCUAGUCCAGGUGUACCCGUGCCCUACGCAACCCGAGGCGACUCUCGACGCCGCGGCGCUCACGCGAGGAGGUGCGUUCCCAGCACUAGCAGAGCGUACACAGCAAGGCAGGACAGGUGCAAGUGGGUCUGCGCGUGCAGCAGAGCGCGACGCGUCUCAGGCCGUGCGUGUGGAGGUCGCGCCAGAACGCGCGUGUCCUAUGGCGGGGGAAGUGGUGCGGCGCGGAGGGUAUGGCGAGCGCGUGCGUGCACGAGAGGCGCGAG